AUGAAACGUAACAAGAAUCAAUUAUAUAGAACAAUCACAUCCCAUUCUUACUAUGGAUUACCUCCCUUUGAUCAUAUACAAAAUGUUGUUGUUUUUUUUCAGACAAAAGAAUUAUUGAGGAAAGUUUACCAAUUCUUUGUGGGAGAGAAGGAGAAAAAUAAACCAUGGGCACUUCAAAAUCCCAUUAAAAGACUAGUAAAGGCAACAGGGAUUAAACCAACAACACUGCGACGUUAUGUCCAUACAGAUGCCAGUGAUGAUGCUGUGCAGGAUGUGGUGAAGGCAGUUCAUAAGGCUGCUGUCCAGAAAACUGUCAAGAAGAACCAGAAGUUGGAUGAUUUCGACAAAGGUGUGGUGAGAAGGACCAUCUAUGAUCUGCACAAGAAAUCCCAGUCAGUGACCAUGCCAAGUCUGCAGCAAGCUCUGAAAAAGAAAGACAUCGACGUUUCCAUAUCAACAGUGUCGAGAACAGUGCGUUUACUGGGGUUUCGGUUCUACAAGAAUGCGUCAAGCCGAAGAUUUGUGUCGGAGAGGGAGGACAUCGUUCUCAUGAGAAUGACAUAUCUUCGUAAGAUACAAAGUGUAGGUACAUGUACAUGCAACUAUUUUACUGGCAGUUUCAGAACUGAUACAGCUUUAUACAUGGGAACUGUCUACAUUUCUUUACAGCUCAGGAGGACUUUCUUAACAUACCUUUGUUUAAUCUUCGGUUACUGAUUCUUUGAUAACAGUUUCUGGACAGUUAGUUGAGUGAUUGCUAUUAACCCAUCCUGUAUACAUUAAAUCAACAUCUGUGAUAUAGUUUCAACAUCUGUGAUAUAGUUUCAACAU